AUGGAUGCUGAGCAUUCCACUCACUCGCCCCGUGGGUCGCCAGCCACUACCGAAGACACGCAUAAGUCAGAUAAAUGUACAUCGUAUGAGUCUCUAACCAUCGAGUCGACUCCCGCAGACAGCCAACACGUGGCAGUGGCAGAGGCAGUAGUAUGUGGUUCAUUGUCGGAUACAGCAACUAUCGACAGUCACAUGGGCCGACGGCAGAUAGCGGUUGGGGUCAAUAUUUCUUCAGUAGAUGUGAACGUUUCUGCUGGUGCUUCUAGUGUGUUGGCCGUUGUGCGGCUGGAUGAGUGUGCGCCACCCACGGCGGUGGUGUCGGUUAGGGAUGGGCACGCAAACACGUCAGCGCAGGCUGUGAGUGGUGUGUUGGAGAGCAGUAACACACCACCAACGUCCUUGGCACAGCAGCAAGAGUCUUGGCGUUGUGGGGGGCCAAGUGCAGAAAAUCGUGCGUCUAUCAAAGGGUCUCCGCUGACAAAUCACCCGGUAUCGGCACGUCACUUAACGGAGCAGUAUAUACAAUCGCAUGAGCUCGAUACUAAAUCUGAUGAGACAGUAGCCGGGCAACCCCAUGAUACUAGCCACUAUCAGAUAACCACUAACACACCAGCCGACACUGUGUCUCCACAGACGUGUGCCUCCGUUGCAAACGUCUGGACACAGCGCCAAACACGCGGUCAUUUGCUAGUGAUGCGGAGACGCUAUGCGCAGAGACGGUCGCAGGACAUCGUUGUCUACGAUGAACUAGGAAGACCCAUACUCACACACGCAGUGGGAGGUGACAGUGGGGCGCGUGUGCUGGUGUGUGAGCCGAUCAGGGUACCACCGCAGGCUACUAUGGCCGACGACUGUGUGAGUAUAGACAGACCUGCGGCAGAGGCUGGUAGCAGUACAGGAAACCGGGACGUAUACCGGGACGGUGUAGAAGCUUGUACCACAUCGGUGGACGAUCGUUCAGUAGGGGUCACGGCUACCUCGCCAGGUACUAUGAAGGGCACAUCUGGAUUUGCAGCUGAUAGGGAGACACCUUUAUAUGAGGGUGCUACUGAUAGGGGGGCACCUUCAUAUGAGGGUGCUAUGCACGGCGAUGGGAUGGAGGGUGGUACUGUCCAUGUUGACGGACCUAUUAAUGGGCCAGAGUCUGGGCCGAAAUCCAGCACACGCAUGCGGGAGCAGAGUGCUGUAGAUUAUACUCAGGGUGACCAGAGUAUAACGGCUACUGGCACAAGCAUGGGUGAGCAGAGUGCUGCAGAUUAUACUCAGGGUGAUCAGAGUAUAAAGGCUACUGGCACAAGCAUGGGGGAGCAGAGUACUGUAGAUUUGGAGAUGCAGAUGGAUGCGCUUGAACAUGCCGUCGCGUGCAGGGAAGAACUUCUAUCAGGCGAAGAGGAACUAGCGGUUGAGGCGUUGGAAACCAUGGCAACCGUAUGUGGAUCGCCAAUCAAAGAGGGUACGGCAAAGGGCAGUGCGGAGAGUCCGGCUGUGUCGACGUCCGAUUUUGGUCUCACGUUGGACACCGAUGAUGACGAACCCGAACUACUGGCUACGGAAGUAGAUGGUGGAGAUAUAGCAGACACAGCGGCACUCCGGGAAAUGAAGACAGGCAUUGGAUCACUCAGUGCUACACCAUUGGCUGAUUCAUGUCCGAAAUCACCUCUACAGACCGCAAUCGGUGAGGUGGCAUCUGCAGCUGCUGCUUAUGAAUGUGCCCGUGAGUCUGUGCGAUCGUCGAUAUCACCGCACCAAAUCGCAGUCACACCACCCGACACUACGCAAACAGAGACGGGCCACACGAACACUACUACGCUGGCUAGCGCACGGGGAUGCGAUGGUAGUCGCAUUGCUGAUGAAAAGGAUGAUGGUGCAUUUGGGAGACCGAGCCCAGGCUGUGUCCGAAAUAGCUCACAAUGGAGCCAGGAAUCUGUGGCAGGGUCGCACGCUUGUGGGUGUGCCGACUGUGCCGUUUGUUCAGAUGGGCGUGAGCGCAAAGCUCUGCGUUCUACUCCAACGCUGCAUCCAGUGUUUAGGAUCGCUUCGAAGCUUUUGUCCGAUGUCCAAGAUACACGUGACAGCACAGAACACCAUACCGUAUCGAGUGAGUGUGGGGUUGAGAGGGUAUCUGAUGGAACUCGAGAUACCACUACGCCUAUAUAUACAACUGAACCCAAUACAGCAGUCAAGGAACUGGGGCGAAAUGUUGUAGAUCCUCAUCUCGCAUCUUCCAGUCCCGAUGCGAAACAUCAGGAACCCCAUGAUUCAGAAACACAAGACGCCUCUAGUAAAUGCGCCUCUGUGGGAGAUGGUCGCUCACCGAUGGAAGGUGCUGUGGAGCAUACGGAGUUUGAUACACCCACUGAUGACCCAAAGGGCAUCACUUGCCCAUCAGAGGUGUCUGCUGCAACAUCAGGUGCAAUGUCUGCGCAGGAAACGGCAGUCAAGUCACAGAGUGUGGUGGACGAAGGGGACAUACCGACUGUGCUGGCGGGAGCAGACGCGAGCGGUGAGCGUGGAGUUCAAUUAGAGGGUGACCCAAUCUCACAGCGACACAAUAGAGACGACACGAACACGGCACAGCAUGCACCCAAAAUAGAACGCUUGCCUGACGCCAGUACCCUGGCAGAAAGGGGCGGACGUAGCGAAGGUAGCCAUAGGGACGGUAGGCGAUAUAGCCACGCGCGUAUCGACCCAACCAAAGGAUCGGUGGAUGCGUAUGGGUACGGUGGGGUCACUGUGCACGCAAGAAGCGACAGUGGUGUGGACACGGGCCAGCCAAAUGAUGGGUAUACUGCGUGCAGUAACCGUAAGCGCAUGAGGAGCGAGGCAGAUGCACAGCCACCCCCUGGGCGGACUACGCGAAACAAGAGUGACGAUAAAGCACUCGAGAGAGGGGAGGGACUGAGCCCAACGGGUGGUGGUAUGGGAUUAUCAACCCAGGGUGUUGAUAAGGACGCAAGGGUUGGUGUGCAGGAUGCAUCGUUGGCUGACUUGGGGCUCGUCGCUGUGCCGAAAUGCACUGGCGAACAUCCGUCACACGCAAGGGCAGCCACACCAUCGCAACUAGUUACCACUGAGCGCUCACCAGUUAGUAGCGAGUUAGCUACUGUUGACGAGCGUAAAGAGGAGCGCAGCGCUAGUUGCGAUAUAGUUUCUCAAAGUACGGGUGACACGCUCUGUGUGGCGUUGGAUGGGCCACACACCCUGACAUCUGAGAAGGAGGUGCGGUUGGAUGGGUUGAAAGGGGACACUCCACAGCACACGGUAACGGCUGGUCAAGGCCAGGACACCAACGGAGACACUCUGUGCAGAGACGGGACAGACCUGGUACAGGAUGUAACCACACGCACAGAGGAUGUAUUUCGUACGGAGGGAGGUGCACACAAUGUAUUUGACUUGUGUUCUCUCACGCAGCCGGGAAAAGUAUACGGCGAGAUUACUUCAGAUACCACACUUGAGGUUGAAGGCAAGGAACAUGAUACAUCCCUGACCAGUAUGCCCCGGGCUGAUUGCGGACAUACACACCAAUUGUCAGAGAUAUCGGAGCCAUUGACAACGUCUGCUUCAAAGACAAAGACAAAGCCAAAAUCAACGCCAAAACCAAGGCCAAAGUCAAAGCAAAAGUCAAAACCAAAGCCGAAAGCCAGAACAAACCCCAAGCCAACGUUUACUUCAGAAUUCAAUACGAAAUUCAAGUUUGAUGAGUUUCUGUGGCAGAGUGGGCCAUAUACGCGAUCUCAAGCAGCAAGUGAGCACGACCGCUCACCCGCAGUCAAGGCUACGCACACACCUGAGGUACAAAGUACGAGCCAGCAAGGCCGAGGACGAGGGGACUCCACAUAUGGCAAAAAGGUUGGCAGGCAAAAGAAAGGGCAUACUGGCCCCACCAACGACUCUACACCACAGCAACCGACCGAGACACUGAACACACAGCCCCAGAAGGCCAGCACUACCAACACAGCGCACCGCAGAAAGCGUGCAUAUGCAUCGGAUAUGGAUGCAGAUGGCAAGGAGACUCAGCCACAGAAGAGAACGAAACAGGCGAAGCAGGCAAAGCAGGCGACUGCCAAAGGGAAGGCAGCAGCCGAUCCCGAACAGACCUAUGGCCACGCGACAGUGCCCAAAAUGGUAGUGAGUAUAUGUGAGCAGACGUCUGUCGAAACGGACGGUGUGGUGAGAGAGAUGGGGACACAGCCAGCUGACACGAGCAGUGCCGCUACAUACACUUCUACACACACCUUGGCAGAGACUGGUAAGAGAGGGAAGAGUGGGAAAGCCAACCCCAGAGUGUCUGCUAAGGCGCGUACCGGUCAGGCUGUUAAAAUUAAAACAGCUACGCCUGCGCACGCCAAAGUGUCAUCGCAUAGACCAGAAGGGGACCGUCGGGUGAGCAAGCGUGUGAAGUGUCACACGCUGGAUACGCAGGGCUUGUCACAGGCACUGACUACAGACACGGUGCAUGGCACGCAGCCGUGUCGGCUGAAAAUGAUUGGGCCCCGCGCACAGUCACUUGAGGAGGCGCAGGAAGAUGCUGUUAUGAGCGGGUCGGGGGAUACAGCUGGAGCUAAGGCUACUGAGAGAGAGGUGGGACUUUCUGUCUGCGAGACAGAGGAGCACAAAGGGGUGCGACAAAGUGUGGACAGUACAGACCCUGUCCGUGUGAGUGGUGCCGAGGUGCAACGAGUGACGGGUCAUACUAUCGGGGAGGAUGAAGAGGAGAUACUGUGUGGGGAAAUUAUAGGCCUUGGGCGUGUGAGCACUACGGGAAUACAUGCGGAUGAAGCUACGGGUGCGCACGCAGGAGCUACCCGCGUACACCCACAGCAGACAGCACACACGCCACCACUCACACAACCAGAACAUGCGACAGCCGCACUGUCAACACAGAACACGCCACAGACGACCCAGACACCAGAAACACCGUACGUGUCACAGACACCGCAGACUCAAUUCACAGAGCACGCACGGCAGAGAGGCCAUACACCACAGGUGGAACAGGAACAGUUGUCAGAUACACCACAUGUGCCACAAACAGCACAGGCACUGCAUGCGGUACAGACAGCACACACGCCAUAGACAGGCCAGCCAUCAGAGAGAGUGUGCACUCCCCAGACACUUCCAGCGACACGGAUCACGCACACCUUACAAUCAGCCGA